AUGCUGUUUAUGGAUUCUUCCACUCCUGCUGCUGCUGCUCAGUCUCACAUCUGCCCGGACGAGCAACCCAGGGUCACCAGCGGCAACUCCCUCAAUCUUCGCCGGGUCACGGCUGUCCUCUCCGAGCGCAAACACGUAAGCUGGCUGAUCAUAUCUGUCGCCCUCAGAUCUAAUCCUUCUCUCCCGGCAGCUGGCGCUGGAGAAGACCUUGGCACCCGUCUGGAAGAGAUCAUCUUCAACUCAAUCAAGAAUGCCGAUCCGCACGUCACCGCCAGGACACCCAACAAACAGGCCAACAUGAACAUGUUCGCCUAUCUCCUUGGAGCCUUGUCCAACAUCAGAUUCACGAGCGUCAGCAACCGUUUUGCCGCCGAAAUGGACGCAAUGAACUGGGUCGCCCAUCUUCGCGACCAGAAGGACGGCGAAGCCAGAUUGGGAUACCUGGUCCAAGGCGUCCAGUUUCUCAAGCUGAAGGUCUACCCACUCGAGGCAUUCAAGGACACCGCCGACUUCAUCGCAACCUUCGCCACCCUCUUCGAGUCUUCCAGAGGCUCAUCAGUCAAGACCGCCAUGACCAAAACCCUUGGCCCCUUGCUCGCUCAAGUUGUCCAAUCGGCCACCGCCGAAGUCAACCACCCGGUUUGGGGCAAGGCAAUCAACCUCAUCCUCAGCAAGUCGCACUCCAUGUCCGAUAAACCCUUGAAAUCCAGAUACUGGAACUCCACCGUCCCACUGAUGUGUGCAGCCCCAGAGCUGCUUGAAGAGGGUCCGGAAGGUCUUGCUGUCCAGCUCCUGGUCAUAUUUGUGCACAAAUAUUUCAUGGAAAUGCCCUGGGAUAAACCAGUCCAGGAGAAAGUGAGCGUCGACUACCACUUCGACAACGGAGUGUUCCGAGGGCUGGCGUUUGCCAACUUCCGGUCGGCGUCAGAGGCCGACGCGGCAGUCGCAGGGCUCAACGGCUUCGACAUCAGCGGGCGCAAGCUGCGCGUCGAGUACAAGAAGGUCUUGCAGGCCGGCGAGAAGGAGCGGAUCGAGAAGGAGAAGGCGAUCAAGCGGAUGCGCUCGAUGCAGCUCCAGAAGGAGUCCUCCCUCCUCGACCAGUACAACUCCUCCGCCCAGCAGCAGCAGCCCGCCUCCCACGACCUGACGAGCAGCGCCCAGCAAGCCUUCGAAAGCUUCUCGCUCUCCUCCGCCGCCGCGCUGGAUCCCAAACAGCAGUCGUCGAAGGAGCUGGACAUGAACGACCCCCAGACGCUCGAGCUCUACUCGCGGGUGGUGGUGUUCAAGGAGGACAAGCUGCGCGACGAGCUCGCGUUCGCCAAGGCGCUCAGCGGGCCCCAGCGCCGCAUCGUCCACCAGAUCGCCAAGAAGCUUGGCCUCGUCCACCGCUCCGAGGGCCAGGGCGACAAGCGCUUCGUGGUGGUCUCCAAGCUGUCCGGCAGGGCCCCGGCGCCCCCGCGGAUGAGCCGGGUGGCCAGCGCGGCCAACAUGGCCCGCGCCGCCUCCGGCCUCCACCUCUCCUCCGCCCUCCCUCGUCAUAAAAUGUAUCCCAACCAACUCGCACCGUCCUUGUCGGGUACGCCGCUCUUGUGCCUCAUCUGA